AUGAAGCAAGCUUCGCCUGACUCUCAAUCAUAUUUAGAUCGCAUACGCUCUUGGGCACGAUCCAAAGCGCAUGGCCCCUCUCCACUCUCCAAAAACUCGAGCCGACCCUCGACUCUUCCCCUAAGCAGUAUCCCUUCGCAGCAGCAGCAGCAGAACGGAUCUGCCUCGCCCACUCAUAAUGAUACCACAAAUGUCUUUCCCUUCCCCUCGAAUAACCUGCCAGGCUUUGUGCCCGACUCUUCGAAUUCCACAGCCAACAAUGUCGCCGACAAUACAUCCUCCGUCCUGCCAGAACCAGCUCCACCUCCGCAGGUUGAUGGGCAGGGGACUGUCGUAGAGGACGAAAUGCCCCAAAAGAAGAACGUCCUAAAGAGAUUUUGGUUCACCGGCAAAGCCAUCGUGCUAUCUAGCUAUGUAAACCUACUAUUGGUAUUUGUACCGGUUGGUAUUGCAUCAAAAGCUGCAAGCCUCCAGCCCGGCAUCAUUUUUGGAAUGAACGCUAUUGCUAUCAUACCUCUAGCAGGUCUACUCAGUCAUGCCACCGAAAGUGUGGCCAAGAGGAUGGGGGAUACUAUUGGUGCACUAAUGAAUGUUACUUUUGGCAACGCAGUAGAGCUUAUUAUAUUUAUUGCACUUUCCAAGGUUCGUACUCUCCUUCAGACUUCCAAACCUGUUCUAACUUGUCAGAAUGAAAUUCGUAUCGUCCAAGCUUCAUUGCUCGGCUCGAUUCUUUCCAACUUGCUUCUAAUCCUAGGCAUGUGUUUCCUACUGGGUGGACUACGUUUCCAGGAACAGAUCUACAACAGUACUGUUACACAAAUGAGUGCAUGUCUGCUCAGCUUGAGUGUCAUGAGUCUCUUGCUUCCAACUGCCUUUCAUGCAUCAUUCAAAACCGAAGUGGCGGCAAAAGCUACCAGGAUGGUGUUGAAAGUUAGUCGAGGAACCAGUGUGGUUCUUCUGCUUGUCUACGGAAUGUAUCUGCUAUUUCAACUAAAGUCCCACGCAUACAUGUACCAAAGUACACCACAGCACAUCAUCGACGAAGAAUCUGCACCGGGCCCAGUUGCACAAUGGAUGGAAUCAUCUGAUGACUCCAGUUCAUCGAGUUCCGAUUCCGAUUCCGACGGUUCAAGCGGCUCCAACACCACUGCAAAACGUGUCAAGCGACUCAUAAAACAUGGAGGAAGAAGACGUCGCAAGUCCAGUGCUGGAUCAAGGGAUACCCCCGAUGCCGAUACUCGGCCACCGUCUUUAGGCACCAGUUCCAUCAGCCCUGUCAAUACUGCUCCCACCGAUGAGCCGCAAACGAUAGGAAAUGCUAGCCAUCGCCAUAAUUUCGCUGAAGACGCUGACGAUGAGCACCCUAUGCGUAGUCGACGUAAUUCUCAUGGUAGUAGCCUGAUUUUAUCCAGAAAGGAACGUAAACGAGAAAAGGAAGGGAAACGUCAAGAGAAGAAAGAUCGCAAGAGAGCUCUCAGAAACAAAGGCACAAUUACCGAAGGUGUCGUCCAGACCAACGAAAAGACCAAUGUCGAGAAUGAUCCCAAUGCUCCCCGCCGCGUCGACUUUGCUGUUAUCAGUGAAUUGGAAAUGCAAGAAGAUGACUCGCCGCAGAAACGCGCUCGCACUCUUCGUGGACUCAACCUCCGACCUCAGAUGCCAAAGACUUUCUCGCAAAACGUCUUCACGCAGCCAGCACCCACCCCAUCUUUUGCACCACCAGCCGGUCCAAUUCCUCGUGUUCGUAUGGGCAUCCGUCGUACCAACUCCUUGCCCGACCGUCUUAACCAAACAACCUCCGGUCCUCCACGUGCAGGAAAUGUUGGGGAGCCAGCACAUGUCAACAGCCUUCCCGAGAGCGAAAAUCCAGUAAAGCUGAAUGACGAUGACGAUGAGAACAUCUCACGUACAACUGCUAUUUGCCUGCUACUUAUCUCAACUGGACUUGUAGCUGUCUGCGCUGAAUUCAUGGUUGACAGCAUCAACGCCGUCGUGGAGGAACAGUCAGGUCUUAGCGAAACGUUCAUUGGUCUCAUCAUUUUGCCCAUUGUGGGUAAUGCCGCUGAGCACGUGACUGCAGUCACUGUCGCUACCAAGAACAAGAUGGAUCUGGCAAUUGGUGUUGCAGUCGGUUCCUCUAUUCAAAUUGCCCUCUUCGUCACUCCGUUCAUAGUUCUACUUGGUUGGGCUAUGGGCAAAGAGAUGAGUCUUUACUUUACGCUUUUCGAAACUGUCUCCCUUUUUGUUUCGGCUUUUAUCGUCAAUUUUCUGGUUCUGGAUGGACGCUCGAAUUACCUAGAAGGGGCGUUGCUCUGCGCUGCGUAUGUCAUCAUUGCGGUUGCGGCAUUUUUCUAUCCAAAUGAAAGUGAGCAGAGUAAUCUUGGAGGAAAUGCAGAUGCUAGUAGCAAGAUGAUUCGUAGCUUGGUAGGAGGUGUGAUUGGCAUCUAG